CAAAAGACAAAAAGUUCAGCAGAGUCAGAGGCGUGUUUGACAGUGAAAGGAGGCUUCAUUAUUCCCACUUUUUCUGCUCAGCAUCCAUAUUUGCAUCCCAGGGAGUGGCAACCACUAAUCCCCUCUUUCCCUGGCGAGAUCAUUCAAAGUUGACUGCUUCUCGGACACUCCUCGGGGCGCUUUAAUUUCAUAUAGGAAGCAGCUAAACAUGGAGAGCGACAGCCACCACUCUCACAUCUAGUGCCUGAUCCACAAGCCUUCAUCACCCAGGGAGGAGCUCUCAGGUCCUGGCCGUCUCCCUGCUACUGUAGAAUGAAUAUGCUCAAGUCCAGUGGACUGAAAAUCCCUGGCCGCGGGCCCAAGCAUUCCAGCCCAGUGGGAAGAACCUCAGCGGGAGGAACUUCUAGCCCUGUCGUCCCUAAAGACAAUACUCCACUCAAGCCCAUCACACCAACUAAAAUCUCGGAAGAAGGCGACGAUGUUUUGGGGGAUUAUACAGUGGGUGAGCAGGUUUGGGUCAACGGCGUCAAACUAGGAGUUAUCGCCUACCUAGGGGAGACCCAGUUUGCCCCAGGACAGUGGGCGGGCGUGAUACUGAAUGACCUAGUUGGCAAAAACGAUGGUUCGGUGGGCGGCGUGCGCUACUUUGAGUGCCAGCCCCUCCAGGGCAUCUUCACGCGACCCUCGAAGCUCAACCGGCAGCCAGUGGGAGAGGGAAGCGAUAGCCACUCCACUGACUCGCUCUCUGCCCAAAAUCAGACUCAGCAAGGCAGCAGUGGCACCCCUUCUGGCCAGCGGGUGAUAAUGCCACUCAGAGAGGGCUUACUCAACAGCGCCGUGAAAACAGGCAACGAGUCGGGGUCCAACAUGUCUGACAGUGGAUCGGUUAAGAAAGGUGGAGAUAAGGAUCUUCGAGUUGGAGAUCGAGUUUUGGUUGGGGGCUCUAAAAUGGGAGUCAUACGCUACAUGGGGGAGACAGACUUCGCCAAGGGUGAAUGGUGCGGGGUCGAGCUGGAUGAGCCCCUGGGAAAGAAUGAUGGUGCUGUAGCUGGUACAAGAUACUUCCAGUGUCUUCCCAAGUUUGGCCUCUUUGCUCCGAUCCAUAAGGUGAUCCGCAUCGGCUUCCCCUCCACCAGUCCGGCCAAGGCAAAGAAGAGCAAGCGGAUGGCCAUGGGGGUUUCCUCUCUGGCCCACAGCCCCAGCAGCUCCUCCAUCAGUUCAGUCAGCUCGGUGGCUUCCUCUGUGGGUGGACGACCGAGCCGAGCUGGACUGCUGACAGAAACAUCGUCACGCUACGCCCGGAAGAUCUCGGGCACCACUGCGCUCCAGGAAGCCCUGAAGGAGAAGCAGCAGCACAUCGAGCAGCUGCUGGCCGAGAGAGACUUAGAGCGAGCCGACAUGGCCAAGGCCACCAGCCACAUCUGCGACGUGGAGAAGGAGAUGAACGCCAUAAAGACACAGCACGUGCAGUAUAUAACAGAAAACGAGAAUACCCUCCAGCAAGUCAAAGCCAUGUUGGCCAGCACACAGAAAGAUAAACUGGAACUGGCCAAUCAGCUUGAAGAAGAGAAAAGGAAAGUGGAGGAUCUCCAGUUCAGAGUGGAGGAGGAAUCCAUCACCAAGGGAGACCUGGAGACUCAGACAAAAAUGGAACAUGCCCAUAUUCGUCAGCUUGAGCAGAGCCUGCUCCUCGAAAAGUCGAGAGCAGAGGGGCUUCACAAAGAAUUAGAGAAGAGGAGGCAAACCACAGUUGAAGAGCAGAGUCGCAUUAUGCAGCUGGAGGAGGAGCUCAGCCUCGGUAGAACAGAGAUAGCAAGCCUUCAAGUUCAACUCAGAUGCAUCAACCCGUGCUCGCAAGAAGCCAACGACAGCGACGCAGCCCCGGGGUCUGACAUCAAGCCAGAGACCCUCCUCCUGCGAGAGCAGCUGCUGUCAGUGGGCCGCGAGCACUACAAGGAGAGCAGCGAGCUUAAAGAGAAGUACGAGAAGGAAUUAUCAGCCAGCCAGCAGGAGGUAGACUCGCUGAAGGCAGUGGUGGAUAAACAGAACCAGGAGAUCAGUGAGAUGAAGCAGAAAGUCCAACAGGCCACCAAGGAAAACAUGGAAAUGAUGGACACCUGGAAGUCCAAAUUUGACACUUUAGUGAUCGACCACCAGCGAUCUUUGGAAGAACUGAAAGCCUCGCUGAGUAGUAAUCACGCUACUCCAGCAGGCCCAGAGCAGGACGCUCAGGAGCUGAGAACCUCCCUGGAGAGCUUGAAGAUGGAGCAUCAGCUGGAGAUGGAGAAUCUCAAGGCCAAACACGCCAUCGAAGCCGCCAUUCUGUCAAAGGAACGCGAGGAUCUUAGCGCUCGUCUGCAAGAGGCCAAAAACCAGCUGGCCGAGGGAAACCAAACGUGGAGGACCGAGGUGGAGGCCAAAAGCGGGAAGCAGGCCCUGGAAAAGGCUACUGAUAAGCUACACAAAGCGGAGCAAAGGCUGGCAGAGAUGGAGAAGCUUCGGAUGGAGCAAGACAAAAGCACGGAGGAGCUGAGAGCGAGACUGGAGCUGGCAGAGAAGAAGAUGACGGACUACGAGGCCCUGCAGAAGGCCCAGGCGGAGAGCCAGGAGGAGAUCCAGAAACUGGAGGAGAAGCUGAGGGUGACGGCAAACCAGCUCCAGGCCAUCCAGUCAGACCGCUACACAUCCCAUGAUGCAAAUGUGAUAGAGGAUAAUGAAAUUUCAGAUGAGAGGAUGAAGCUAAAACAGAAUAUCGAAGAAACAAUGGAGAAGUUGCUGAAAAGGGAAAAAGAGGUCUCCACUCUCACUUCCCAGGUUGAAGCCCUCAAAUCACAGAAUGGAGCGCUGGAGGGUAAAGUUCGCUCAGGGGAGAAGAAGGCUGAAGCUCUGGCCAAAGAGAAGCUGCGUGUGGAGGCGGAGCUGGAAUCCAUGACCAAGAAGUCCCAUGAUGCCUCUGGGCAGCUGGUCAGCAUCAGCCAGGAGCUUCUGAAGAAAGAGAGGAGUCUGAAUGAGUUGAGGGUUUUGCUCCUGGAGUCACAUCGCCAUUCACGAGACAUGGAGAAAGACCUGAACCGAGAAGUGCACAAGGCUGAGUGGAAGGUCAAGGAGCAGAAGCUUCAGGAUGAUAUCAAGAGCCUGCGAGACAAACUUCUUCUGCUGGGUCGGGAACGGUCUUCACCCGACCACCGGCGAUACUCCAUGCUGGAGCCCUCAGCCCUGGACACCGAGGUGAACCGCCUGCGCCAGAGGCUGCUCAGCACCGAGGAGGCCCUGAGAAACGCCCUGGAACACAACCAGCAGGUUGACCAGCUGGUCCAGGCCAUGGGCAGGCGUCCAGAGAAAAGCCCGGUGCAUGGUGCAAAUUCAGCCAAUGGAAUUCAUCAUCAGGAGUCAGACAAUACUCGAGAUGUUGGAACAACACUGAUAUGAGCAAACAAGAUGAGACUGAACUGGGACACGCAGAGGUACAUCUUAAAAGGAAAACCUUGUCCAACAUUUCGCCCGAUCCUGCGAUGGACGUCUGAAGAAAAAAUUUCAGUUCACAGUUUUAAAAACCAAAACAGCGAAUCUCUAUCUCAAGUGAAAUUAUGUGUUGUUGCAGAAAGCACCUAUUAGCGAAACAUGAGGACCGCUUACAGUACUAUAAAAUAUAGAAAGGAAAUGGGACAAUGGACAUGAAGAGAUAUUAUCGGUACAACUCCUGAGAAACAUGAUGGCAACUUCUGAUGCUUUACUGUAGUUAAAAAGUUUGAGUCUACAAGUUGCCAGAAACUCUUUUGACAAUUCUGAAUUUUGAUCCGGACGGCGAAAAUGGAUGAUGAUGGACAUCGAUGUUGAAGAACUGAACUGGGUCUCAGUCGCUUUGUUUGUUUUUUAUUUAUUACUUUUACUUUGCUCCUCAGCAUUGUAAUAAUCAUCUAUAGGUGAGCUGUCUUGGCCAGUGACACUCAGAGAAACUCUUGAAGGAUGACACUGACAUUUUUAUUUUUAGGGAUUUGGCUCAUUUGUCACCUUUAUAAGAGGAUUUGGUAGCAAACUUGUCACAGUUAGCUCUGUCCAGUGCACACGGACCUGCUUUAAUGCACAAAUUGAUGACAUAAUUGAGGUUGACUUGUAUUAUUGUAACAUUUUUUGUCUUUUUAGUAUCAAAAAAGUUGAAAACAAUUGUUAUUAUUUCAUCCCUUGUGGUGUAUGGAGGUUUUGGUUAGACUGAAUCCAUUUGGGUUACGACAGCGACCAGUUUGGGUUGGAAAAAAACUGGAUGAAAAUGUCUCAAAACCACAAAAACUUCUCAGUUCCCACAGCGUAAUGAAGCUCUUCAUUUUCCAUUUAUGUGUUAAGUAUGAUUCACACACUAUAUACAUGUCAAGGAGCCAAAUUGUUCUGCCAAAAUGUGGCUUAAUCCGCUUCUGUCUUGAUUUGGGGAUUUUAUACCACAAGUUUAAAAAAUGUCUUGGUUCAUAAAGUCAAGUAUAAAUAAAGUGUACAAAAAUGUGUUGCUGUAUGGCAAACAUCAGCAGCAAGUUACUUGUGAAGUAUUCUGAAUUUAAAAAAAUCGUCAACACAAAAUCGUCAACACAUUUCAAGUCUUUAAGUGAGCAAUCAUGCACAACAAGGUGUCUCGAUAUGAGAAAAAAAAAACAGAAAGUGGAGGCAGUUUAAGAAAUGGAGAGAUGAGAGCACACUUAUAGAAACUCAAAGUACACUCGGAAAAUUUCACAAAAUAACUGAAAAUCUGAUCUUUAAAAAAAAAUACGUAUAGUGUAUUUGGUGUAAGACCUUAGUUUAUGUAACUAUUAAAUCAUCAGUGCUGUUGCUAUGGUUACCAGCAGUCUACUAUAGGUUACAAUGCCUUGAACUCUGAUUUAAAACAGUGUUUAAUUAAUUGACUGGCAUUAUGUUGGAGGUGCUGGAACAAAAUAAAUCAAACAUAAAUUAGCAUACAGCCUCAGAGCUGCUACCAAUUCUUGUGAAUCACCAACAACUGCUUUACAUACACUAAGAGAGAGUUAUCUGUGACAGGACUGACAGCGAUGAUUUCACAAUCCUAUCUUUUAUGCUAUGGGCAAAGCUGGUCCUUGAGCCAAACUCCUAAAAAAAGAAAGAAAAAAAAAAAAAAAAAGUAGUCUGAGUUGUCCCUUUUUAGCCGUUGCACAACAGUGGACUCCCCGCUAAGACUGAAGAUUGAUAUUAAUGAACCUGGGAGGCCUGCUGAAUUCAUCUCUGAGCGAUGUUACAGUAUGUUUAUAGAAUGAAUAUAGUGAAUUAUUCCUGACUUUUUUUUUUUUUUUUUGCAUUCUCUGUCCGACCCUGUACCAAUACACCUUUUACUCUGUCAGUAAUGAUCAGCUAUUUUAUUUACUGUGGCCUGUAUAUCAGUACAAACUCCAUUCAUACACUAGUAUUAAUUAACUAUAAAUAUGACACAUAGCGGCCCAUUUUGAUGCUGUAUGAAAAUGUCCCUGGAUUACUUUAUUGACCUUUUCCUGACUUGAAGGGCUGUGACAGGAGCUAAAACCCAAACAAUGGAUGUAUGAUGUUCCACUCAUCCGCCCCCCCGCCCCAUCCCAGGUUGACAACAUCUGGAUUUUAUUUGCAAAAAAAAAAAAAGGAAAGAAUGUCAUCAACACGUAUGAAAUUUAUAUUGUAAGUCUUCCAAAUGUUGUUUCAUCCAUCUGUCAACUAAACUAGAUCCUAUUUGUAGUUGGUCACAGGUUGCUAGUUGCUUUGGGGGGGGGGACGUUACACCAUUUCGAGGUGAGUUUGUGGUGGUAAAAAGCUUCAAAAGUGGUGUCUCAACAUGUAGGGCAGGCGCUGGUCAGUUAAGAUAAAAACCCAAAUUUUCCAUUGGAUAUUGUACAUGGCCUUUUCAACUGGAGGGUUCAUACCCUUUGGAUUAUUGCUGCAAUGGUUUCGGAGAUUGAGUCAUUAAAU